UAAGUGUAAUUCUGCAGUUUUGGUUAAAUAAUGACUAUUGCCAAAUGCCAACUAUGUAGCAGACUUACAGAAUCUUAUUUUCAACCUAUAGGAGAGAAAGGAGAGAGCGGCGUCGUAGAGGCGUUAUAUGCUGCCAGGAGCUGCAAGGAGCUUCAAAAUCAGGGUGAAGUUUUGAGUGGCUGGUAUACCAUAUACCCAGAUGGCAUCCAACCCAUGAAGGUCCUGUGUGAUAUGGACUCAGACGACGGUGGCUGGAUUGUGUUUCAGCGACGUUGGGACGGGUCAGUGGAUUUCUUCCGGAACUGGGCAGACUACAAGAAAGGGUUUGGCAGCCGUUUGAAUGAGUUUUGGCUGGGAAAUGACAAUCUUCAUAAGAUAACAUCCACAGGUAAAUGGGAACUGCGCAUCGAACUGCAGGAUUUUGAAAAUAAAAUGUUUUUUGCCAAGUAUGCAGAGUUCAAAGUUAUGGAUGAGAUGGAAAAGUACCAAUUGCUAAUUGGACCCUAUAAGGAAGGUGAUGCAGGUGACUCGAUGUCCGGUCUGAACGGCAUGAAAUUUAGUACAAAGGACCAGGACAAUGACACCUAUGAACACCACUGUGCCCAGCUCUACAAAGGAGGAUGGUGGUACAGCAACUGCCACGCUGCAAACCUGAAUGGAUUGUACCACCUGGGGGCACACACAUCCAAUGCUGAUGGGGUCAACUGGUAUAGUGCCAGGGGACACAAAUACUCAUUUAAACACGUGGAAAUGAAGAUCAGAGCUUUUUUAAAUUGAUAAGGGAAAUAGAGAUCAGGUGACAAAAGUCAGUUUCAUAUUUUUUUUUUAAAUCAUAAGAAAACGUGUUGAAAAAAAUAUGGAGCCUGCCAAUGCUAACCAUUUUCUGAAAAUAUCAUUCCAACCAAAAGCUUUAAUCAGGGCUUUUUUUCAGGGGGAACUUGGGGGAACUCGGUU